AUGAGCUGGAAGGCUUCUCUUCACCGGCACUUGGGUCCUGACGUUGGCUUGGGAAUCCCUGCAGGGCACUUCUUAUCGAGAAACGCAACGCCAGCGCGUUUCUGUGCCCGAAAGUUGCCCCUCCUCUGCCCCUCGUUCUCCCUCGCCAACGUCAACGAUUCGGGUUGGUACCACGACAUGUCCUGCUCCAAAGCGGAUCUCCGCAUCACGGCCUGCCCCGUACCCAGUUGCGAAUGCGAUUCGUGCCCAAUCACUGCAGGUAGCCGUCUCCCGUCCCGGAUUGAGGGCCGCGAGGGCCUGACUUCUGGGGGGAAAUCGGCCCUCGCCAGACCUUCUCCAGAGUCUAGCAAGGGGCAGGAUAUCUCGAUUUAUCGUGAGUAUCAAGUCAUUAACGGCACACAAAGUGGAUAUUGCACAGCUUUCUGCGUUGCUGAACGCCCGGCCCAACCAUGCCAGAGAGCAAAGGAAAUAUCUGAAGAAGCCAACCAGCAGAAUCAUUUUGUUACCUACGACCAACAGAUAGAGCCACCUCAUAUGGACGCAUGGACAAUCAGCCAUGACGCAUCUGGGGGAGAGCAUAACCCCAGCAUUCAUCACCUCGAGAAUCGAAAACGGCAGUGA